AUGUCCGGCAGCGAAACCCAAAGUAAGAAGCCUGGCAGCUUCCAACUCCAUCUAAUUGUCGUCGGAGCAGGACUAGCUGGCCUUGCUGCUGCCAUCAGCACGCGUCUUGAAGGUCACCGAGUUACAGUACUAGAGAAAACUACCAGGCUAGAAGAAGUUGGUGCGGGGCUGCAGGUUACCCCUAAUGCAAGCCGUUUGUUCCAUCAUUGGGGAGUUUUCGAUGAACUAAGCUCUAAGGCUGCUGUUCCGUCGUAUCUAGCAGUUCGACGAUAUGAUGGUACGCGUAUCCUAGCUCGUGAAGAUCGUUAUCAAGAGAAGAUACUCGAGCGAUACGGAGCUCCAUUCUGGGACCUCCACCGUGCGGACUUGCAGGAAACGUUAGUGCGUCGCGCUCGCUCACUCGGUGUCGAUAUUCGGCUGGGUUUUGACGUUCAACAUGUCGACUUUCAACAUGCCGCUGUAGUUUCACUGGAUGGCCAGAAGGUACAAGGCGAUCUAAUCCUUGGUGCAGAUGGCUUAUGGUCGCGCACGAGAAGUUUCUUGUUACAACAACAGCUAACACCGACGCCAACUGGGGAUCUUGCAUAUCGAAUUAUAUUAAAUUUAGAGGACAUAAAGGAUCCGGAAUUACGGGACUUAGUGUCCAACCCAUCUGUCAAUUUCUGGAUUGGUCCGGAGUCUCACGUCGUAGGCUAUUCACUCCGACAAGGCCGGAUGUAUAACCUUGUUUUACUCCGGCCUGAUGAUCUUCCAGAACAUGUGAGCCGCUCUGCUGCUGAUGUGGAUGAGAUGCGGAAGCUGUUCGAGCCGUGGGAUCCAAUCCUGAACAAGUUGCUAGCAUGCGUGAACAAGGUGGAUAAAUGGCGACUAAUGCAUAUCUCCCCUCUGGAUACCUGGGUGAAUAAUGAGGCAUCUUUCUUAUUGGCGGGUGAUGCAUGUCAUCCAAUGCUCCCGUAUCUUGCGCAAGGAGCCAACUCCUCCUUAGAAGACGGCGCUGUCCUCGGUCGUCUUCUUAAAUACGUAACUAAUCGCGAUAAGCUAGCCCCUGCGCUUGGGCUAUAUCAACAGCUACGAAAGAUUCGGGGUGAGGCAAUAGCAAAGGAAGCAUUAGGUCAGAGGGAUUCAUUCCAUUUGCCUGAUGGUCCCUCUCAGGAGCAACGAGAUGCUAUCUUCCUCGCAAGUUUGGACAAGGAGCCACCGCCACAUUUCCCUAGCCGCUGGACCUGCCCCACAGUACAGCCGUGGCUGUAUAGCUAUGAUGCUGUAGUAGAAGCUGAUAAGGCUUAUGAGACGAAUCCAUUCUGA